AUGAGCACGACCUUCGCCUUCUGCGGGGAUGUCGGCGUGACGUUGACCCUGGAGAAGAUGUCCCAGCCGGCGCUGGUCACCUCCGGCAUGCUGGCCACGACCUUCCCCUGGGUGACGACCUCGGCGUCGGCCUCCAAGCAGGAUGCCGUCCUGUCGCUGGCGCCCCGGGUGACGCGCGCGGUUCGUGCGCAGAUUCGCGUGCUCGACAGCUCGCCCGCCAUCAUCGCCGGCCAGAUCGCCGUUUUCUUCGGACCCGGUGGUCUCCAGCGCCAGGCGAUGAUUUCGCGCGUGCGGAAUGUCCUGCGCGCCGACCCCUCGACCAUCCCGCCGCCGGACUCCCAGACCCACGACGGCAGUGACAGCGAGGAUGACGCCCCCGAUGGCAGCCGGCGCAUGACGCCGGCGCAUGUUCUGCGCCCGGGCGAUCGCGCCGUUGUCCACAUCAAAUUCGACUCGCCCCUGUCGACCGACAUCUUCACAGUCUGCCAAGCUUCGUCGAGAUUCCUGCUGCGUGACCAUGGCAUCACCUUGGCCGUGGGUGUCGUCACCUCCACAUGGCCGAUGGCGCAGUAG